GCCAAGUGAAGAUAAGAAGAAGUGGUUUGAAGCGGUCAUAUGUGGCUGAUUGUGAGGAUCCGGAUGGAGAAGGUGAAGAUGAUGAGGAUUUGGAGGCGGAAGAAGUGAUGAACGAAGUGCUCGUUGAAGAUCAAGCAAAUGAAGAUGCUAAAGAAUUGACACCAAUUGAAGAAGGGCUCGAUGAAGGUCUGGAUGAAGAAGAUCCAGAGGAGUUGGAGGAGCAAAUCAUGGAAGCAUAUGCAGCUGGUCAGAAGGCCAAAAUAAAGAUGCAUGAAAAGCGGAGGGGCGAGGAUGGUCGCAAGGAAGAAACCGUUCAAGUCCCGGUAUACCGCCAUCCGUGGCUCAGAAGAAGCAGGCCUCUCACUGUGCCAGUUGUGGCCAAAAGGGACAUUGGCGAGGAGCUUCUGAAUGUAAAUGUCCUGAGUCGCAAGGAUCGACCUCACCAGAAGAAGACUGGGAAGCGUGGGUGGACGGUCGUAAGCCGUGGUGAAGAUGAAGACCAAGUUCCAAGUUCAGAAUCGAGUCGUCCGGAAGAGAAGCCGAAGAUAUACCACCUUCGUAAGGGACCCUUGAAGGAGGCUGCAGGCUAUGAAGUCACCAAGACAACGAAGGAAAAGGUCAAGGCGAGUCCACAAGAGGUGAUGGCAACUCUUCCGAAGAUGACCAAGGAGGAGAAGAAGACGAUCCAGAAGAUCCUACAGAGAGAAGAACGUGAGCAGGCCUAUGAGAGUCUGCGAAGGAGCAGUUU